AUUUCACUCCCAUUUGGUGCAGCCUUAUUCUAAAAUGGAUUAAAUCAUUUUUUUCCCGUCAUCAAUCCAGACGCAAUUACACAUAACAAGGCAAAAAAAAUGUUUUUUAGAAUUGUUUUGGUGGUUUUUUGUAUUCAGACCCUUUCGAUAAAUAUUCAAAAUUGAGCUCAGAUGAGGUAGGGGUUUGUUACUACACGAUAAAUGACAAUAUCAAUCCGGACCUUUGCAACCUAGGAAAUGUGUGUGACUGGACCAUCUCAAGUAGUACUUGAGUAGUUCUGUUAUUUCACUUUGUGAAUCCCAGCAACUUUUGUGAUUUGGUUAAGCACAUUCAUACUCCUGAACGUAUUUGGGCCAUAACAGGUGAAUACAACUAUUUUUUAAAUUAAUUUAUCAAUUUGUAGAAUUGUCUUUUUCACCUUGACAUUAUGGAAUAUUUAGUGUAGUACAGUCAAAGACAGUAUCACCAUUUUAAUAAUUUCAUUCCCACUUUUGUAACGCAACAAAAUAUGCUAUAAUGCAAGUUGCGUGAUCUUUCUGUUUCCAGGUAAAGUAGUGAAGGCCAACGAUGUGAGGUGUGUCCAUAAUGAAGGCAUGCCCAUCCACAAAGACCCUUACGACAGAGGGCAGCUCAUCAUUCAAUUCCAGGUGGAGUUCCCAGAUAAACACUGGCUGCCAGAGCACCUCCUCCCCCGGCUGGAGGCCCUCCUUCCCCCCAGAGAGGAGCUGCUGGUCUCAGACGACAUGGAGGAGGUAGACCUGAAGGAGAUGGAUCGCAGCUACUCUCAACAGAGGAGCGCCAGCAGUGGAGGAGGGAAGCCAAGCUUUGAGGACAUUGACGAUGAUGAGGGGGGAGGCCAUGGCGUGCAGUGCCAGCAGCAGUAGAAUAUAGAAACCUGCACUGAAUGUUGAGUUUGUUCAAUUCAUCUGUUUUUAGAAUCUAUGUAUACAAAAUCACGUCAAACUCAGUUCCUGAAGGACUGGGUUUGACAAAAAGCCUUAUUCAUUAGAGUUCAAAGUCCACUGUUAAAGCGCUGCACUGACAUGCCUACUUUCACAGCAAUGUGAUGUUUUAGGCCGUACAUCCGAGCCAUAUCAGCAGCUGUUUUCCUCCAGGUACUAUUCAACACGUCUGUUUACCUUUUAUACUGAGGGUCAGGUUAGGAGAAUUAGGUUCACCUACGUUAGGGAAAGGGUUGGCUACAAAGAUGUUGUCCUCGACAUGACCACUAGCUGGAGGUGUGGACCUACUCCAUCUUGCCACAAUGGUAGAGUGAUGCUCUGUUUACAUUUCUAUCUAACAUAACACUGUUUUUCUCCAUGUGUUGUGUGUAUUGUUUUAUUUGGUAUGGAUCUGUUCAUGAGAGAUAUACUAGGAGGCACAGAAAACAGACCUGUUGCAUUUCAACUAUUGACUUCGGUCCAUAACUCACCAGAGGAACCUGUAUGCUUUCUAUGAAGGUAAAGUUACCUUCUCACCAACUCUUGAAAUGGAUUGAUUCUUUCACAAAUAAAACCUCUCAAGAAUGCC